GGAUGGAGAUAGAGAGGGGAUUACCUCGGAGGGGGGUGAGAGGGAAAACUUUCUCCCUUUUUUUCUUUUUGAAUUGCCAUUAAUUUCAGAGGAGAGAAAGGAGAGGGCGAGGGGAAGGUUUUAUUCCUCCGAGGUGGGCCGAGGCUCAGUUUUAGAGGAGUCUCCGUCGGGAAGUUUAACGGUUAAUUUAGUGAGUGAAGGAGUGAGGGAAGAGGAGGAGGACGCCCGGAGAAGAAUGGAAACGAGCUACCCUUCCCCUACAUCUGCCGUGAGAGCUAGCUUUAAAAAGAGAUUUCCAUAAGGCAGGGACAGGAACAUAAAAAGGGAGAAAAAACAUGCCGCAGUUGUCGGUUUAGUGCGGCUUGUGAGUUUUAAAAAGUGCCCCGGGAUAAGUUGAGACAGAACCGGUUUUCCCUGGUACCCUACCGCUGCUUUGUGCUCGUGAAUGGUCGGCUGUUUUUCCUGCCUGACAGGAGAAGUUAGGACAGCUGGGCUCAUCGCAUCUUUCGCUCCUCUUACAGUCACCAAACCUGCUCAGAUGGGCUUGAGAUAACGGCAACUGAAGUUCUACCCCCAUCCUGAACUUCAGCCGAAGCCUCCGACUUUCAACCACGAUGGCAGAUCCCACAGGGUUCAGCUCUGAGGGUGCGGGGGCCGGCAUGGCUGAGAUCGACGCUUGUAGCUUGGAGAUAGAGAGGAAGUAUGAAGUCAUCCCUGCCGUCAUCUGCUCAAUGUGUUGCCUGUUUGGCAUCAUUUACUGCUUCUUUGGUUACCGCUGUUUCAAGGCUGUGAUGUUCCUGUCAGGUCUGAUGUUCGGCUCCGUCAUCAUUUUCUUGCUGUGCCACAAGGAGCAUGUGCUGGACACCCAGCUCAGCGUCGAGGCCAGCGCUGGUAUCGGCCUGGGUAUAGGCCUCCUGUGCGGCCUGGUGACUAUGCUGGUGCGAAGCGUCGGCCUCUUCAUGACGGGGCUGCUGCUGGGGCUCCUCCUGGCUCUCGCUGCCCUGAUGCUCACCCACCAGUUCUACACUCCAACCACGGUUUGGCUGCCCCUGGGUGUUCUUCUGGGAACCGGCAUGCUGUUCGCCGUGCUGACUCUGCAGUGGCAGAAGACCUUCACCAUGCUCUCCACAGCCGUGUUUGGGGCAGCCAUCAUGACAGUGUGUGCUGAUUACUUUGUGGAGAUGCUGGCUUUGGCCACGCACGUGUAUGAAUGUUUGCGCCUCACUCCGGGGCCAGCGCUCUGCUGGUACAGCUGGGUCAUUCUGGGCAUCUGGCCGGCCCUCAGCCUCAUAGGAGUUCUGGUCCAGUGGAAACUGACGGAUAACAGCUUCUCGCACACGGAGGUUGUCAUCAGCCGGAGACAGAAGAGAGUCCAGCUGAUGCGGAUUCGAGAGAAGGACGCCAAGAAGCGGCAGCAGGCAGGUGGGCAGGAAGGCACGUACCGCCGUAAACCCACCCCAGUGAAACGUUACGCUGGGGAUCUACUGGCACCGAGCUACCUACAAAGUCUGCGAGACAGACAGAUGGGCACAGGCACAUCCCUUAGCAGCCUGGGCACCGCCAACCACACCACCAUCGACCUGGACUACGACACGGGCUCCACCGCGCCCCUCACCGCUACUACUCCGGUCGUCAGGGUCUGAGAAACACAGAGAUAAGAAGGGACUGCUUAGCGCUGUCUGGUUCUCCAGCUAUGUCUUUCUAACGUAAAGUAGAACUUAAUAACAGCUCCGAUAUCUGAGGGGUUUUAUUGCCCUUAAAUGGGUUUGGAGCGAGGAUGGAUUGGAGUUCAGCGAAACAGAAAGAUUUCUGGGGAGAAACUAAAACCACUACAGCCGCUGUGAUACUCAGAGAAAACACUUAAGAAGAGUUACUAACAAACGAACGUCACUCAUUUCCUCUCAUUAUGUAUUAAAUACAUAACAGCGAGUACGAGCCUCAAAACCAUGUGCAUUUCCGUUUUGAUAGUGAUUUUGCCGAUUUGUUGUUGACAUUGUGUGUACUGUACUACAGAGGUUAGCCAUUGCCGAGAAGUGUUGUCUUACUGUUUAACUGUGUGCUCAUAGGAUUUGUGGAAGUUGAUCAGUAAAAGACUUUUUUUUGUAAAAGGAGUGUGGUGGGAGAGUCUGACAAAGUGGAGCAAAACUAAAUGAUACAAAGAAAAAAAAAACAUUUAUUGCUGGAGCCUUCGAGAGGAUCGUUUUUUAGCGUCACUCUAAAAAUGUAGCUUGGGAAGAAUUUUAGAUUGUUGUGUUUUUAUAAAUUAAUUUAUAUAAUGACCAAGUACCUGGUAGUGUUGAAAAGAAAAAUACACAAAAAAACAAAGCAUGUUUGUUGUUCAUUUGUAGAUUUUUUCUUUUUUUUUUUUUCUUUUAAGAAUUAUCUGUUAGUUUGGGCAACAGACACCUGUUACCUGAAUCUGUAAAUACCUGUUGAUAGAAAUUUCAAAGAUAAAUAAAUUUGUUUGAUAAAAAAGAAA